UUACACACCUGAAGCACGAGCUGUGUAGGCCUCUUACAGCAAAAACAAAUAGGCCCUGGCUCUGUUGGGCAGAAAAGGAAACUGCGCCAAAUCUGGGAACAUCUUCCUCCCUCUCCGGAUUAAAAACAUUCGUUUUCUCGCCUGUUUUGCAAUGAGGAAAGUUAUAAAACGCCUUCUUCCUGGAUCACGUGACCUGGCCCGCCCUCUCCUCAGCCUCUACUUGAAAUAGUUGUAGCUGUAGUAAGUGCUGACCAGUCUGGUCGCUCUCUGCCUCUAACUUGCUCUGGCAGAUAUGGAGAAUUUCAGACAUUUCCUUGUCGCCCUGUUUGCCGCCGCAGCAGCUGGGUUUGUCACCAUAAUAUUCGUGCUGAGAUGGGUUCUCCACUACAGAGAGGGUUUAGCUUGGGAUGGAGGACCAGCCGAAUUCAACUGGCAUCCGGUCUUGAUGUUGUCUGGCUUCAUUUUCUUGAAUGGAGCGGCCAUCAUUGUCUUCAGACUCCCAUGGACCUGGCAGUGCAACAAGCUAAUAAUGAAGUUCAUCCAUGCAGGCUUGAACUUGGCAGCGUUCAUUUGUGCGACUAUUUCUUUCGUGGCAGUAUUUGACUUCCACAACGCUGCCAAUAUCCCCAACAUGUACAGUCUGCACAGCUGGCUGGGCCUAGCAGCUCUGAUACUGUUCUCUCUGCAGAUUGUUCUUUCAGCCAUCAUCUACUUGAUACCAUUUACACCACUAUCCUGGAGAGCAGCAUUUAUGCCCCUCCAUGUGUUUGUCGGACGUUCACUUUUUGGCAGUGUUAUUGCAGUGGCACUAAUGGGCAUAACAGAGAAACUUAUUUUUAGCCUGAAGUAUAAGGACUCUCCCCCAGAGGCAGUUUUUGUGAAUAUAAUGGGAGUGCUCCUUGUGGCCUUCGGGGUUGCAAUCCUCUGGAUUUCCACUCGAACAUCUUGGAAACGUCCCAGCGACCAGGUUUUGCAUACUUUGAAUACCAGUGCAGGAGGUGAGGACAAUACCAAAGUGGGUCCUUCUCUGUCUCAGCUAUCUGAUGAAAUCGAAGCUGGCGGUCAUGCGGAUGUGAGGAGGAGGGGAAACAAAUUAGAUGAUCAGACCAACUGAUUACAAAAUGACUGAUUUAGAGUGGAUGUGUUGAAUGUAAGUCUAAACUGGUCAGAGACAGUUCAAAUGAACAUGUCUUUUUUGCUGAUCUUUUCAUACAUAACUUUAAAGUAUUUGAAGUUGUCUGCACUUUAAGCUUGUUUCCUGUAACAUGUAGUGUUGUUAGCAUAUACACAUAUAGUGAGUUAGCCUACUUUAUAAAUGAGAAGAUAUAUGACAAUGCUGAUACACACUUUGUUUACAAAUUGUACAACUAAUGUCUUUAUUCUAAUAUAUUUGUAUUAUCUUUUCUUGCAUUUUAUAAAUACAAAUAUAUGUUAAGAACAUAACUACAAUAAACAUUUGUAAAUUCUGA